GUACAAACAAAACCAAUGUAACUAAAAUCAGAAGAGUAGCAACAAAUUGGGAAACAAUCUUCAUAAAAACCUCUGACAAAGGUUUAAUUACUCAAAUUUAAAAAAGAGAUAAAUCAAUUGAACAAAAAAUCAAGCCAUUCUCCAAUUGAUAAAUGGGCAAGGGACAUGAACAGGCAGUUCUCAGCCAAAGAAAUCAAAACUAUUAAUAAGCACAUGAAAAAGUGUUCUACAUCUCUUAUAAUCAGAGAGAUGCAAAUCAAAACAACUUUGAGGUAUCACCUCACACCUAGCAGAUUGGCUAACAUAACAGCUAUGGAAAGUAAUGAAUGCUGGAGGGGAUGUGGCAAAGUAGGGACACUAAUUCAUUGCUGGUGCAGUUGUGAAUUAAUCCAACCAUUCUGGAGGGCAAUUUGGAACUAUGCCCAAAGGGUGAUAAAAGUCUGUCUGCCCUUUGAUCCAGCCAUAGCACUGCUGGGUUUGUACCCCAAAGAGAUAAUAAGGAAAAAGACUUGUACAAGAAUAUUCAUAGCUGCACCCUUUGUGGUGGCCAAAAAUUGGAAAAUGAGGGGAUGCCCUUCAAUUGGAUUGAAAAAUUGGCUGAACAAAUUGUGGUAUAUGUUAGUGAUGGAAUACUAUUGUGCUAAGAGGAAUAAUAAAGUGGAGGAAUUCCAUGGAGACUGGAACAAGCUCCAGGAAGUGAUGCAGAGCGAAAGGAGCAGAACGAGGAAAAUAUUGUACACAGAGACUGAUACAUUGUGGUACAAUCGAAGGUAAUGGACUUCUCCAUUAGUGGCAAUGCAGUGUCCCUGAACAAUCUGCAGGGAUCUAAAAAACACUAUCCACAAGCAGAAGAUAAACUGUGGGAGUAAAAAUACCUAUGAAAAGCAACUGUUUGACUACAGGGGUGGAGGGGAUAUGACUGAGGAGAGACUCUAAAUGAAUGCUCUAAUGCAAAUACCAACAACAUGGAAAUGGGUUUGAAUCAAGAACACAUGUGAUACCCAGUGGAAUUACGCGUCGGCUGUGGGAGAGGUGGUGGGAGGUGGGGAGGGAAGAAAAGAAAAUGAUCUUUGUUUGCAAUGAAUAAUGUUAGGAAAUGACCAAAUAAACAUUUAAAAAAUAAUAUUAAAAAAAACAAAUAAAUACUAAAAAAAAAGAACUAGAUAAAUCAAACCAAAAAAUAAGUAAGAAAUGGGUAAGGGAAGUGAAUGAAAUCUUAGAAAAAUUAGAGUUUGUAGAUAUGUGGAGAAAAAUAAAUGGGGACAAAAAAGGAAUACACCUUUUUUUCAGCAGCACAUGGAACAUUCAUAAAGAUUGACCAUGUACUAGGGCAUAAAAACAUUGUAAACAAGUGCAAAAGAGCAGAAAUAAUAAAUGCAACUUUCUCAGAUCACAGUGCAAUGAAAAUAAUAAUUAGUAAGAGUACACGAAGAGGCAAAUAAAAAAUUAAUUGGAAAUUAAACAUAUGAUUCGCCAAAAUCGGUUAAAGAACAAAUCAUAGAAACAACAAAUAACUUCAUUGAAGAAAGUAUCAAUAAUGAGAUAUCCUUUCAAAAUCUAUGGGAUACAGCCAAAGCAUUACUCAGGGGGAAAUUCCUAUCCUAGAGUUCAUUUAUUAACAGAUUAAAGAGGGCAGAGGUCAAUGAAUUAGGCAUGCAAAUUAAAAAACUAGAAAGUGAACAAAUUUAAAAUCCUUAGAUGAAGACUAAAUUAGAGAUCCUAAAAAUUAAAGGAGAUAUUAAUAAAAUUGAAAGUCAAAGAACUACUGAUUUAAUAAAUAAGAUUAGAAGCUGGUAUUUUGAAAGACAAAAAAAUCGACAAAGUACAUGCCAAUCUAUUUAAAAAAAGGAAAUAAGAAUACCAAAUUGAUAGCAGCCAAGAUGAAAAGGGAGACCUCACCUCUAAUGAAGAGGAAAUCAAGACAAUUAUUUAAAAUUACUAUGCCCAACUGUAUGGCAAUAAAUAUGGCAAUCUAGGUGAUACAAAUGAAUAUUUACAAAAAUAUAAAUUGCCUUGACUAACAGAGGAAGACAUAGACUACCUAAAAUAUGCCAUAUCAGAAAAAGAAAUUGAACAAGCUAUCAAAGAACUCCCUAAGAAAAAAUCCCCAAGUCCAGAUGGAUUCACAAAUGAAUUCUAUCAAAAUUCAAAGAACAACUAAUCCCAAUAUUAUACAAACUAUCUGACAGAAUAAAUAAAGAAGGAGUUCUACCAAAUUCAUUUUACGACACAAAUAUGGUACUGAUCCCAAAGCCAGGCAGGUCAAAAACAGAGAAAGAAAACUAUAAAUCAAUCUCCUUAAUUAAUAUAGAUGCAAAAAUCUUAAGUAGGAUACUAGCAAAAAGACUCCAGCAAGUCAUCACAAGGGUUAUCCACUAUGACCAGGCAGGAUUCAUACCAGGAAUGCAAGGAUGGUUUAAUAUUAGGAAAACCAUCCACAUAAUUGACCAUAUUAACAAGCAAACUGACAAAAAUCAAAUGAUUAUCUAACUAGAUGCAGAAAAAGCCUUUGACAAAAUACAACACCCAUUCCUAUUGAAAACACUAGAAAGUAUAGAAAUAGAAGGGCCGUUCCUAAAAAUAAUAAACAGUAUAUAUCUAAAACCAUCAGCAAACAUCAUCUGCAAUGGGGAUAAACUAGAAGCCUUCCCAGUAAGAUCAGGAGCAAAACACGGAUGCCCAUUAUCACCUCUGUUAUUUAACAUUGUACUAGAAACACUAGCAGUAGCAAUUAGAAAAGAAAAAGUAAUUGAAGGUAUUAAAAUAGGCAAUGAGGAGACCAAGCUAUCACUCUUUGCAGAUGAUAUGAUGGUUUACUUAAAGAACCCCAGAGAAUCAACCAAAAAGCUAAUCAAAAUACCCAACAACUUUAGCAAAGUCGCAGGAUACAAAAUAAACCCAUAUAAGUCAUCAGCAUUUUUAUAUAUCUCCAACACAUCUCAGCAGCAGGAAUUAGAAAGAGAAAUUCCAUUUAAAAUCAUCCUAGGUAAUAUAAAAUACUUAGGAAUCUAUCUGCUGAGACAAACACAGGAACUAUAUGAACACAACUACAAAACACUCUCCACCCAAUUAAAACUAGAUCUAAACAAUUGGAAAAACAUUGAUUGCUCAUGGGUAGGACAAGCUAACAUAAUAAAAAUGACCAUCCUACUCAAAUUAAUUUACUCAUUCAGUGCCAUACCCAUUGAAGUACCAAAAAAUUUUUUACUGAAUUAAAAAAAAACCAUAACAAAGUUCAUCUGGAAGAACCAAAGAACAAGAAUAUCCAGGGAAAUCAUGAAAAAAAAAUACAAAGGAAAGUGGCCUUGCAGUCCCAAAUCUCAAACUAUACUAUAAAGCAGCAGUCAUCAAAACAAUAUGGUACUGGCUAAGAGACAGAAAGGAGGAUCAGUGGAAUAGACUUGGGGUAAGUGACCUCAGCAAGACAGUCUAUGACAAGCCCAAAGGUCCCAGAUUUUGGGACCAAAAUCCACUAUUUGAUAAAAAACUUCCGGGAAAAUUGGAAGACCGUAUGGGAGAGAUUACUUUGGAUCAACAUCUCACAUUGUACACCAAGAUAAAUUCAGAAUGGGUGAAUGACUUGAAUAUAAAGAAACUAUAAGCAAAUUAGGUGAACAUAGAAUAGUAUACAUGUCAGAUCUUUGGGAAAGGAAAGGUUUUAAAACCAAGUAAGAGUUAGAAAAAAAUCACAAAAUGUAAAAUCAAUAAUUUUGAUUGUAUCAAAUUAAAAAGUUUCUGUUCAAAACUAAUUUAACCAAAAUUAGAAGGGAAGCAACAAAUUUGGAAACAAUAUAACAAAAACCUCUGACAAAGGUCUAAUUACUCACAUUUACAAAGAGUUAAAUCAAUUGUAUAAAAAAAUCAAGCCAUUUCCUGGCAAGGGAAAUGAAAAGGCAGUUUUCAGUUAAAGGAAUCAAGACUAUUAAUAAGCACAUGAAAAAGUGUUCUAAAUCUCUUAUACUCAAGAAAGAUGCAAAUCAAAACAACUCUGAGGUAUCACCUCAAACCUAGCAGAUUGGCUAACAUGACAGCAAAGAAAAGUAAUGAAUGCUGGAGGGGAUGUGACAAAGUAGGGACAUUCAUGCAUUGUUGGAGUUGUGAAUUGAUCCAACCAUUCUGGAGGGCAAUUUGGAACUAUGCCGAAAGGGCGAUAAAAGUCUGUCUGCCCUUUGAUCCAGCCAUAGUACUGCUGGGUUUGUACCCCAAAGAGAUAAGGAAACAGACUCGUACAAAAAUAUUCAUAGCUGCGCUCUUUGUGGUGGCCAAGAACUGGAAAAGGAGGGGAUGCCCUUCGAUUGGGGAAUGGCUGAACACACUGUGGUAUCUGUUGGUGAUGGAAUACAAUUGUGCUCAAAGGAAUGAUGAACUGGAGGGACUCCAUGUGAACUGGGACGACCUCCAGGAAGUGAUGCAGAGUGAGAGGAGCAGAACCAGGAGAACAAUGUACACAGAGACUGAUACACUGUGGUACAAUUCAAUGUAAUGGACUUCUCCAUUAGUGUCAAUGCAGUGAUCAUGAACAACCCGGAGGGAUCUACGAGAAAGAACACUAUCCACAUCGAGAGGAAAAACUGUGGGAUUAGAAACACAGAAGAAAAACAACUGCUUGCAUACAUGGGUUGAGGGGAUAUGGCUGGGGAUGGAGACUCUAAAUGAACAUCCUAAUGCAAACAAGAACAUGGAAAUGGGUUCUGAUGAAGGACACAAGUAAUACCUAGUGGAGUUACAUGUUGGCUAUGGGAAGGGUGGGGGGAGGGGCGGGGAGGGAGGGAAAUAAUGUGAUUCUUGUAACUAAGGAAUAAUGUUCUAAAUUGACUACAUUAAUUUCAAAAAAGAUGAUUCAUGUCUGAUCUGUACCCUAUCAUCAGCAUCAUCCAAAUAGGCAAGGCUUGGGAACAGUUGUUUUAAUAAUCUUAAGAAAAUAAUGGAAAACAAAUGAGGACUACAGUGAAGGGAUAUAUGAAAGGAAGGGUUGGGGGAAAUUAUCACACUUAAUCAGGGUGCACAAAUGGGGAAAAGAAAGCACACACACAAAAUUGGCUACAAAAGUACAUUCUAUUCAACAGGAAAAGAGGAGAAAAGGGGGUGAAGGAAGCAAGAGGAAUUAGGGAAGGUCGAUUAAUGGAGGAGGGGUAGGUGGCUCAAUGGAUAGAGCACUGGGCCUGGAGGCAGGAAGAUCUUAGUUCAAAUUUGGCUUUAGUCAGAGGAGUAGUUGUGUGACCUUGAGCAAGUCACUUGAUGUCUAUUUGCGUUAAAGCAGUGCAGUAUCUUUGCCCAGAAAUCUGCCUAUAGGGCUAUGAAGGGUCAGUCCCAACUUCCUCGAAGAGCCCCUUUUGAGGUGGCCGAGGAUGGAAUGCUGUGGAGAGCCCGGGCAGUGGGUUAGGGCACGUUGUGGCUGAGCAUUGCUGGGCUGAACUCUUCGCAGUACGGAGCAGCCAGUCAAUCGGAAACGGCUCCCCACCUGCUAUGGUCCCGGCCUUAAUGCGGAGCCCUGGACAAGGACAGAGGAAGGACAAUCCGUUUGUGCCGGGCCUUUUUUCUCGGCUUCUCCGGCAAUGGCAGAGUAAAAAGACCAUCUUGAACGGCCGACUAAAACAAAUAAGACGCGGCUACUCCAAAAGUCCCAGCGUCAGCAGUCAGCACGGAAGCUCGCGGCCCCACCAGUCUGCCAGCAAUUACGGACUAAAUGGUGGGAGGCGGAGCUCGCCUUGCUCUCUAUCCUAUCGGGGACACCCCCUGUCUGCCACCACCCCCCCGCCCCCACAAGACAGACAGACAGGCGGAAGGACUGGCACGAAGUUGGCGAAUCGGUCCGGUUAAUUUCCGGCCUGACUACACCGCCAACUACUUCCUGGACGUCAGCGUUAACCGUCCGCUCGGCCCCCCCUCGGGCCUUGAUCGAACUGCGCGUGCGUGGUUCGAGGAGGCGGUGUUCUCUUCUUCGACCUCCCCGACCGCGCCCUUGAGCGACAGUUACCGGGGCCAACGGGCCGAGGGAGGGAGGGAGAUGGCGGAAAUUGCGACUGGUUCGUAGGUGGGACUUCUUCCGGAAGGAAGUACGGCGAGCUCCGGGGCGCCUCCGGGUAGCGCUGGGAUCCUGGCCACCUGGAAUUGGGGAUCGGGAGUCCCUGGAAGAUGGCGUACGCAGAUCGGUCUCCGGCGGACAAGGACAGGUUCAUCUGCAUCUAUCCUGCAUAUCUAAACAACAAGAAGACCAUCGCGGAGGGCCGACGGAUUCCGAUGGACAAAGCUGUUGAGAAUCCUACAGCUACGGAAAUCCAAGACGUGUGCCUGGCCGUGGGACUGAAUGUGCACGUUGAGAAAAAUAAGAUGUACUCCAGAGAGUGGAACCGUGACCUCCAGUAUCGGGGCAGAGUGCGGGUUCAGCUGAAGCAGGAGGACGGCAGCCUCUGCCUCGUCCAGUUCCCGUCCCGAAAGUCAGUCAUGUUGUACGCGGCCGAAAUGAUUCCUAAGCUCAAAACAAGGACACAAAAAACAGGAGGCGGUGAUCAAAGUCUCCAACAAGGAGAGGGAGGCAAAAAGGGAAAAGGGAAGAAGAAGAAGUGACCCGUCGACGCAUGAAGACGCGGCCCUCCAAAGGGAAGGACGAUGUGCUCCGACGUGAACGACGAAGGGGGAGAUUUCACUGGAAUGCGUAUGUUUGCUCCUCAACGUCAACUGAACAGUCAGCCAACUUGAGCUCAUGCAAUAAAAUGAUUGGUAUUGGGAAGUUGUAUCUAGCCUUUGUGUAGCAGAAAGCCAGAAGAAGCCUCUCGCAGACCGUCAGCAGAUUGUUGGGGAAAUGGGUGUGUGUCUUAUAAAUGUAAAGUCAUUCCUCUGUUGUUUAUCGGGCUGCGCGUCUCCGAUGAGAAGCCGAGCGUGUUCUGUUUGAAUCCAACAGACGCAUCCUACAGUCUGCCCAACUUCUGUUAUGUGUGAGUUAAUGAAAUAAAAGAUUUGAAAUUGA